AUGCCCCCUCCUGUCAAGCUCAGUUUGUUCUACGAUAUCACCUCUCCCUGGUCUUAUAUCGCCUUCGAAGCACUACGUCGUUACACUCGUCCCUGGAACCUGCAAUUAGACUUGCGUCCCAUGUUCCUGGGAGCGGUGCACCUUAAAUGCGGCAACCAAGCGCCUGCGUCAGUGCCCAAUAAAGCAAAGUGGAUGGCAGACGACCUUGACAUCCUCGCUCAGCUCUACAGUCUGGACAUGAAGCUUCCCCCGGGGUUCCCGUUUAACAAAGAGUAUAACACGUUGAACGUCAUGCGGUUUAUGCGUGUGCUGAGGAUGCACAAGCCCGAGGUGCUGGAGGAAGCUACCAAGAGGCUUUAUGAAGAGUUCUUCUCCCGGAACACGCCCACCGCUUCUCCCGCGUUCUUAGGCUCGCUCAGCUCCCCUCCCGCCCUCCUGACACCAGACGAACUCACGCAUCUCACCACCCUCUCCCAAUCUGCGGAAAACAAAGCUCUCCUCCGCUCAGAAGCAGAAGCGCUCGCAGACGAGGGCGCGUUCGGGUUCCCGUGGAUCGUCCUCCGUAGGACGGACGGGGGGGAACACAGUUUUUUCGGCAGUGAUAGGAUGCAGAGUAUCUCUUUCUGGCUGGGAAAGGAGUAUCCGUAUGUUGGAGUGGACCCGGAGGGGUUGAAGAGCAGGAUGUGAGUCCGGUGUAGGGCAGGGCGGGUAGGAGUGUGCGAAGUGUAGGAGUUGGAAAGUUUCCUAUCAACUGUAACAGGAAUGAAAAAAAGGUGUAUCGUACAUUAAAUCUC